AUUGCUUUUAAUGACAAGAAGUUACACAACACUGGUUUGAUAUGCAGAGCAAAAAUAACGGCAUCCUGUGACCAUGACGACUGAAGUUAGUUCAGAAACGGAAGUAAAGGAAUCGGACAAGCUGGGAACAAACACAGCAAAGGAAAAUGCUGGGGAUGCACCAGAGAGUAAAAAAGAACAGGCAACUGAAAUAGAAGAAGGCUCUCCUGCCCCCAAAACUCCAGCUAGCCAAAGUAGCCCUAGUAGCUCAGGAGGAAAGGGUAUUUCUCGCUUCAUCCCCCCAUGGCUUAAGAAACAAAAAUCAUACAGCUUGGCAGAACCCAAAGAUGAAAUGAAAAAACAGCCUCCAGUGUCAGAGGAAGAGACAGUAGCAGAAGACAGUGAAUGCUCUCUUCCAGAAGAGGCAGCUCAGUCCAAGGGAAAACGGGAGGAUGUUACUGAGAAUCUGCAAGAAGCUGUGGAUGACAAAGAAGAAAAACUUGCUCCUGUGAAAGAAGACAGUAACGAAAUUGUUUCGGAAGUGAAGGAAACUAAUCAAGAUGCAGAGGAAAGCAAAAGGGAGACCAAAGAAGUACAGACAGGUGAAGUCCAAAUGGAGAAAGCUGUUCAAAGAACACCUAAGAGGAUGAGAACUGUCCAGUGUAAAGUGGUGCUCUUAGAUGGCACAGAAUACGACUGUGACCUUGAGAAAAAGGCUAAAGGCCAGGUGCUAUUUGACAAGGUGUGUGGACAUCUUAAUUUACUGGAAAAGGACUAUUUUGGUUUGCUGUUUCAAGACCACUCAGACCAGAAGAAUUGGCUUGAUCCUUCAAAGGAAAUCAAGAGGCAAAUUCGCAGUUUGCCAUGGCUAUUCAACUUUAAUGUGAAGUUUUAUCCACCUGAUCCUUCACAGUUAACAGAAGACAUCACCAGGUAUUUUCUGUGCUUGCAGCUUCGUCAUGAUAUUGCUUCUGGGCGUCUACCAUGUUCCUUUGUGACUCAUGCUCUCCUUGGUUCAUAUACUCUGCAAGCUGAACUAGGUGACUAUGAUCCAGAGGAGCACAACAAUGACUACAUAGGGGAAUUCCAGUUUGCACCUAACCAGACAAAAGAGAUGGAAGAAAAAGUAGUAGAGUUACAUAAAACACACAGGGGUUUGACUCCGGCGCAGGCAGAUUCCCAAUUCUUAGAAAAUGCCAAAAGACUUUCCAUGUAUGGAGUGGAUUUACACCAUGCUAAGGAUUCUGAAGGUGUAGACAUCAUGCUGGGUGUGUGUGCCAAUGGGUUACUCAUUUACAAGGACAGACUCCGGAUCAACCGUUUUGCUUGGCCCAAAAUUUUGAAGAUUUCUUAUAAACGCAGUAACUUCUAUAUUAAAGUCAGACCGACUGAGUUGGAACAGUUCGAGAGUACUAUUGGUUUUAAGCUGCCAAACCAUCGCGCUGCGAAGAGGUUAUGGAAAGUUUGUGUCGAGCAUCAUACUUUUUAUAGACUUGUAUCACCAGAACAACCUCCAAAGGCCAAAUUCCUGACAAUGGGUUCUAAGUUCCGCUACAGUGGGCGUACUCAAGCACAGACACGGCAAGCUAGCAAUCUUAUAGACAGACCUGCUCCAUACUUUGAACGGACCUCAAGCAAACGUGUUUCCAGAAGCCUUGAUGGUGCUCCAGUAGGUAUCGCAGACCAGAGCCUGCUUAAGGAUUUCUCUGCUACAGCAAUGGUAUCUGCUGGUGAUAGGAUCUUUGAAGCUGCUGGACAGUCCAAAUUAAAAGAUGGGGAAGGUAGAGAUGUGGAUGCUAAAAUGCCACAGUUAGAAGAUGGAAAGCCUGCAUACAUGCUUCAUCUUUCACUUCCCAUUCACUCUGCUUCAUCCUGCCCCCCAAACCUACCUGCUAUCCCUGAAAUGGACAUGCUUUCAGACAUUUCAGAGCAUGAUGGUUUUGGUAAGCCUACGUAUACACCCUCAGACAGCAUGAGCUUCAGUCCUUCGAAAGAAACACCAGCCCAUGGCAGAAAUGAAGAAAAGUCCCUAACUAAUAGCCUGGAACAUAUGAAUCUCUUGGUAACUGGCCAUUGUCUUCCUCUUACAAUAGAGAGAGGAGCUCAUAAAAUUAGUGAUUAUAAAAAUACCGUGACUAGCUUUCCAUUUAAUUUGAGCAAAUGCUUUCCUUUUAGUUUCCCUUCUAUGCUUGAUGAGGAUGGCUACAUUAGCUUUCCUAGCCUUCCAGAGGUUUGCAUUUCCUUCCUCCCACCUGGCAUUCAGCACUAUGUCCCCAUUACUUCUCCCUCGUUUAUCCCCUCUUUCCUCCUCACCUUUGUGCUGCUUCUCUCCACUUUCCAGUCUAUUCUUUUCUCACUCACAUUGUCCCUUCCUGUUGCUCUGUCCCUCUGCUACCUGGAGCCUAAGGCAACUUCUCUGAGCACCUCUAAUGACACUGCCCUAAAAGACAAAGCUGAGGAGGAAGAGGCGGAGACGGAAGAAGAGGAAAUUCACAAGAAGACUUAUUCCUUGAAAGUAAAUGGGGAAAAUAUUUAUGUCAGACAUAGCAAUUUAAUGUUGGAGGACCUGGAUAAGACCCAGGAUGAAUUACUGAAGCAUCAGGCUAGCAUUAGUGAACUCAAGCGCAAUUUUAUGGAAUCUACUCCUGAGCCACGCCCCAAUGAAUGGGAAAAGCGGCGUAUCACACCUCUGUCUCUACAGACACAAGGGAGCCUAGAAGAGGAGAUAGCAUCAAUUUUAUUUAGUAAAGAGGGUUUUUCCACUAGCAUGAAAUCUGGCUUCACUUCAGCUACCUUGUGGACAGCAGAGGGCACUGCUGUGAAAGAUAAUAUACCUUCUGAAAAGCUUUCUGCCUCGCCUUUCUCUCAGCUGCCUGAGAAAUUUAAUCCCCAAACAGAAGAGCCUUCCAGUGGAACUAGCAGGACUAUUAAGAGUUCACAUGAGACUCUGAACCUAGUGGAGAAGAAGCAGGCAGAGGUUGGGAUAGAAGAGGCAAUAGUCACAGACAAUACCAGCAGAGGCAAAAUACAAGUCGUCUCUGGUGGGGAAAAUCUGAAGAUGGAGCAUCUGUCGAAAAAGGACUCUUCAUCAUUGUCAUCAGAUAGCAGCAGUAGUGAAAGUGAAGAUGAAGUAGGAGAGUAUCAGCCACACCAACAGAUGACUCAGGAUGCCAUAAAAGAAGUAGAAGAAAAUGAAGAUACCAAAGAGGAGGAGAAGCACAAAGUACAGGCAGUGGUGUGUUUGGAAAUUUCACAAGAAGUCAGCCCAGUUCAAGUGACGGAUGAGCACGUGCAAGUGAGGGAAACUUUACUCAAGACAAAUGAAGUAUCCACAAAGACAUCUGAAGAGACAAACCUGACAAAACUGGAUAAACAAGGCCCAAAAGAAGAGAGGGAGGAAGAGCAGUUCAAAGUAAAUGGAGAGGCAUCGCAUAUUGACAUUGAUAUCUCACCACAAAUAAUUUGUUGCUCUGAGCCUCCAGUGGUUAAAACUGAGAUGGUGACCAUUUCAGAUGCUUCACAGAGAACUGAAAUAUCCACCAAGGAAGUACCAAUUGUUCAGACAGAGACUAAAACGAUCACAUAUGAAUCUCCCCAGUUUGAUGGCAGUGGUGAUGCGGGUGUGCUGUUGAGUGCACAGACGAUCACUUCAGAAUCUCUUUCUACAACCACAACCACACACAUCACUAAGACUGUAAAAGGUGGUGUGUCAGAAACCAGAAUUGAAAAGCGGAUUGUUAUCACUGGAGAUGCAGACCUUGACCAUGACCAGGCAUUGGCACAAGCCAUUAAAGAAGCCAAAGAGCAGCAUCCUGACAUGUCUGUAACAAGAGUAGUGGUGCAUAAGGAGACAGAACUUGAAGAAGCAGCAGAAUAAGAAUUAUGAAGAAUGAUUUGUGACUAUGAAGAACUUCAGUCAUUCCAAGUUGGUGUCCCUACCACUAUUUCGAUGAAUUCACCGAGCCUGGCGCCAGCGACCAGACAUUUCCAAAAUGAAUCACCAACACCAAACCUUAUCUUCUCUCAUCCUUUACCAUGUAUGUUUUUAAUUUUAUAACCACUUCUUAACAUUCUUGGCUUUUUUAUGAGGUUUAGAGAUUUAUUAUUUUUUGCACAAUUCCCUGCCAUUUUUAUAUAACUGAUUCCUGAUUGCAUGAAAGUGAACAAAAAUAUUUAGUAUGCACUGUUCACUUGAGUAAUUGUAAUAUGCAGGAAGGAGAGAAUCUUUGACUAAUUUAGAUAUAGCCUUUUCAAAAUAUUUCAAUUAAAGCCUCUUACUGGAAUACCUUAGUUUUUUCAGAUUAUUCAGGUAAAUAAAAUGUUAAAUAAUAUAAGAGAGACAUUGUUUUUAUUAAAAAGAAUUACAAAGCUUUCCUGUAACUUGGUGGGAAACAUAAAUUAAAAUUUGUAUGGAUUUUAUACAGACUCCUUAUAACUUUCUCUGUUCUGGGGGUCUCCCACUUUGAGGAGAACUGGUGCUGAUAUAAUAUAGAAGAGAGAGAGUUAUAAUGUUGUUUCUACUGACUGAGCACUGUUCUAGUAACCUUUUUGCACUUCACUGCCAUUGUUCAAUUCCUUCGUAGACACUUUGUGGUCUGCAACAUUCCAGACAAUGUUGGAAGGACUUUGGUCUCUUCUCUUCCAACAAAGAUAAUCUAGGCAGCUUAAAACCUUAGUGCUUUUCUCUUAACAUGUUAAAUGUUAAACACUUUGAUUAUGUGCAGAAUGCUUGCAUUGCAAAAACAACCCUUGGUCUCCCUGUUAUAACUGACACUUUUGUUGAGCAGUUACCUGUUUCGAAGUAGUUUGCCUAAUAGCAUGUACAGGUUUUAAAGACAUUGAGGAACCAGGGAUGCAGCCUAAGGCUUGUUGUAAGUAGUAUGGGAACCAACUUUAUAGCGUGAGGCUGCCCACCACUGAGGAAGUCUGUAUGAUAGCUGUUAACUACGUCUGUUUUCCCCUCUACUGUUCACCUUAUGUAUAGUUAUGAUGCCAUAUUAAAUUUAUAGCAGCUUAAAGUUGUAUUAAGUGAUAUUUUGCUUUCUGUAAUACUAUUAUAAAUAAAGUUCGUUUAUUCUCUAAA